AUGUCUACGGCAGAUUUCUCCCACCACUUCUCCGACAAGAACAUUCCUUUUGGAAUUGCUUCUUCUACGACCCACACGAAUCCUCAGGCUGUCACUAGACUGGGAAACGUUGUUAUUUUCCUUAGUGAUCUAGACUUCAAGGGCGUCGAGGGUCUCACUGGUGCCCUCAAUCAACCAACUCUCAACACGUUUGCAGCUCUCCCCAGGAGGGUGCACCAAAAUGUUCGAAAACAAAUUCAAUCAGACUACCAGAAGAAUGGCCUUGAUGGCUUUCCAUCGGGUAGCAAGGAAGACAUAAGCGCUGUCACGAUGCAUCUACCCAUGGAAAUCAAAGACUUUGCCGACUUCUCCUGCUCUCUGGACCACGUCAUUAACGCGGGUCGUAUUGUUGUCAACAACCCCAACCCACCGCCUGGCUUCUUUCACUUCCCCGUUGGCUACCAAGGUCGCACAAGCUCCAUUGUCGUAUCAGGUACCGACAUCGAGCGACCAUACGGACAAUUCCGCAAUCCCAAUGCGGCGAAUGGUGAAAGUGCCGUCAUUUAUGGACCUUCUCAAAAGGUUGAUUAUGAGGUUGAGCUUGCGGCUGUCAUCGGAAAGCCGUUGAGUAUGAAGCAGAGGCUGAAUGCGAAGGAUGCGGAGGAGCAUAUCUUUGGUUUUGCAAUCCUCAACGACUGGAGUGCUCGUGAUAUCCAAGGUUUCGAAAUGAGCCCUCUUGGUCCUUUCAACGGCAAGAGUCUGGGCACAUCCCUCUCUCCAUGGAUUAUUACUCUUGAUGCUCUAGAUUCUUUCCGAACGCGCUCUCCAGCUCAGCAAACCCUCGCAGCGUCAUACCUCCAACAUCCCAACCCAUCAACCUUUUCCAUCACCAUGAAAGUUGAAGUCUUGGCCAACUCGACUGCAACAACCGUCGGUGUGUGCCCAGUAGAGGCUCUGUACUGGACUCCCCAGCAGAUGAUUGCACACUCUGUUAGUUCAGGUAGUGCACUCAGGACCGGGGACGUUCUCGCCACGGGAACAGUUAGUGGAUCGGAGGAGUCAAGCAGAGGAUGUAUGCUCGAGACAACAGAGGGUGGUUCCAAGCCUGUUACGCUGAGUGAUGGAUCCAAGAGAGGAUUCCUCGAGGAUGGCGAUGUUGUUAGAAUAACAGCUGUUGUUGGAGAGGAAAAUUCAGGCGUUGGAUUUGGAGAUUGUAUUGGCCAGCUCACACCUGCUCGACCAUAUUAG